AGCAAAAGUAAUUUUCCUUUUUAAGUCAUCUACUAUAUAAUCUGUGGCAUCAUGAUACAGAAUAUAAAUUUAAGAGUUUUGGAACACACCGAAUUUUGUUUGAAGUCCUGUGUUUUGUAGUAUGUUAACUGUGGUUAGGAUCAUUGCUUCUGAGUUUUUAGGUACCUGAUACCUGAAUUUGUAUUUGAAAACAUGUGACACUGCAGUUGUACGCUGCUUUUGAUUUUCUUGUAUCCUGAUGGUUUUUGAAUUGUUGUUCUCUUUAACAAGUGGAUUCUAACUUGUUCAAGGAUUCAGGUCAAGUACCCUACAGCACAUGUGAGAAACAAUCUUUUCAGGUGUGAUUCAGUAAUCCUGCAAGCUGUUGUAUCUACCCCGAUAUUAGUUCAGUUUUCUUUAUUCUCUGUAAAAUGCCAGCAGAAUAGUGUUGCUGAGUAGAUUUGUUUGUUGCAUGGUGCAAUUUGAUUUUUAUUUGUUUGAGGGUGCAGGAUUAGGAGGUUGAGCUAGUAGCUUUUCCUGUAGUUCCUGCAGUACUUCACUACAUUCUAAACAUUUACAGAGCAUGUUAAGCAACAGGUGCCCGUUGAUUGAAAUGGUUGGAAUUGUUCAGUGAUGUCUUUCUAUUUAGAACUAAUACCUUUCAUUCCCUAUCUCCUCCAGGCUGAGGAAGGAGCUUGCAUUGCUAGCUUUUGUUCUUGUUCAUAACUUGAUCUGCAGUGUCAGUGCCCGGUCGUGUGAACUUCCCAUGGGCAACAAUCUCUCGGUGUGGUGAGGUCUGACCCUUUUAUUUCUUGGUGGGAGGCAAGUGGUGUGGUCCAUGCGGUGCCUCUGAAAGUCCAUUCUCUCAAUAUGCUCUAAAAUCUUCCACCUUAGCAGAUACUGGAGUGUUGUAGUGAUCUUUUGGAACAAGUAGGUAGAUAAUCCUGUGACAGGGCUAGAGUACUAAUUUGCUUUGUUAUUUUCUUGCAGCCUUUUUAGUCCUAUACAGAAGGACUUGUUUGAGUGUGAGUUGGUUUUUUUUGUCCCUGUAUUGCUUAAUUCUUUUUGGCCUUCCUGAUGCAGGGUCAUCCAGUUACAUGCCUGUUUUGUCAUGCAAGGGGCAGAAACAGCUGGAAAAACAGCAGCCUUCAUUUUCAGUCCCUUUUUAGCAGGGCUGGAUGGUAGCCAGCAGAGCUGCAUAUAAAAAAGCAGAAAUUGCUGCCACAUGUCAUGUUGUAGAAAUGAAUUGUUGCAGUUAAAAGUACCUUGCAAUACUGGUCUCAAGAAACACCUGUCUCACAGAUACAUCCUGAUUUACUGUAAAACAGUCCAGUGUGUAUAUGCAGAGGAAAAAUUAAAGAAGUAGGCAAUUUUCACUUUAAGUGUAAUGUACAUGCAGGUUGGAGAGAUGGGCUGUUAGACUUUCAGCUUGGCUAUAAUAAGAAGUGAGAGUAUUUUGGAAGUUCUCUUAAACAUCUGGAAAGACUUCUGUUUUAUGAGAGUUAAGUCUAGGUCUCACGUAAGAGGCUCCUUUUCAGCUUGUCUCCUGAUCCCUUGUUUUAUCAAAGUAUUAUUUAGCAAAUUAAGUACUUAAAUAUGUUACAUUAAAUGUAACUGUUACAAUGUUAUUGUUGCAUGGUGUAAAAUCUUGGGAAAGGGUUUCCAAAUGCAGCUGGAGAGUAUUCUUAAAACAUUUGUUUACAGAAAAAAACCUUGUACUUGUCAAGUAUUUCCUCUGAUACAAGGGAGCCAUGUAUAAUGUGACUAAACAGACGAAAAUUAGGAUUAGCUGCUUACCAGUAUUGAACCUGAUUUUCUGUCAUAGUGUUUUCCUGAAAUCAAGCUGAUGAUCUCUUUUUUUGGGGGGUGGUGUGGUAUCUUUUCAUUAUACUGAGAAGAAAAACAGAUGACCUUUAGUACUGGGUCAUAUAUGGUGGCAGCACAUCUAUAAAUACUCUGAUUAUCCAUGCAAUCAAGUAAUAUGCUUGCAAGGAAUGUGCAGUCAGCAUUUUCAGUUGUGUGAUUUGGGCAUGUAAUGAUGGACAGCACAAAAGGGAACUUGUGGAGGGGUAAUACCAUGUACAAAAAUUGUGAUCCAUGGACAAAAGCAGAAGUUGUAUAGUGUGACCUUUGGGUAGCAGGGGCCCAGAAUAGGUAAGCGAUGGCUGUGCAGAUAUUCUGAGCAGUGAAUUCAUUUUGGUAUCUACUUCACGCUAAAAUGAAUCCACUUAGUCUUACUUUUCAAUGAAGAUGGUUUGAAAAAAAGAUUAAUGAAAUGAAACCUGCAAUUUAAGAACCUAUGCAAAUUCCCUAAAGAACACACAAAAUUGCUCUGUAAGCACCAGAGUUCAAAGUGAGCAGUGCCUUUAUCUUGUCUUUGCAGGAAUUUCCACAGUAAAUGAGAAGAUGCACUGUGUAGCUCUGCGGGAUAGGAACAAACCAUGGAAGUAAUAUGUAAGAACUGUACAGAGCAGUGCUAAAGCAUGGCCUGUGUGCCUUUGCACUAGUGCCUCCCCUGCCGGCUCUGCCAGGGCCCGGCUUCAUGGAAGUGUAACCAUAGACAGGGCAAGAGCCCUGCUUCUGGGGGAGGAAAACGUGGGGCUGGGGGAGUCUUUUGUCUCUUUGAAAUUUUAGUGCAAAGCAGAGGCAAGUUCCUCCAGCCCAGAGUGGGGUUUUGUGGAGGGGGAGUGCCCCAUCCUGGAGCAGCAAGGAGAGGAGGGGAGAGCUGGGGCAAGGCUGACCACAGCGGCAGCAGCACAUAGCCUGUGCUGGAGCUCUCCAGUGCCACUGAAAUAGUUUCAUCUUGACUAUUUCUUACUUCCUUCGCUGCCUGCCUGUAUAAUCCUGACGGUGAAUUCCAGUCUCCCUUGCAGAGCUGCUUCUUGAUUCAGGCAGGGUAGCCUGAGCUGCCGUCAGAGGCUUUAUCAUCAGGAAAUGCCAAACCACCCUCACAGCACGUGAGGGCACUUUUUGAUGAGCGGUAUCAGUGUAAAUCCUGGCGGGCAGAAAUCCUGUACCCAGGCUGGUGGAAAAGCAGGGAGCGAGCAGGGCAUCACCACCACAGCUUUCUCCAGAAGCACAGUCUCCUUGUCAGUAUGGAUGCUGGGACAAACUGGGUUUCAGUUGCUGGCAGUCUGGUUUGAAGUCAAGUCAGUGGUGACUCGGUGAGUCAUUGCAGUGUAGACAUGGGCACUCAAUAUUUAGGAAAAAUGUGAUAGGAAGCAGGUGUGCUGGUUGGUUUCAGUGUUUUGUUGCAAGUUAAGUUGUUUCCUGGAGGAGGUGUUUGGAUAUAAUGUGUCCAGAAACGGAUGCUGCAGUGAACUGGAAGGUGCAUUCAUAACUGGUGGAAGACUAGUUUCAUUGAUUAUGAACUUUUUUGGACAAAGAAUGAUGCGUAGAAAGAAACACUGGGGCUGGGUGUUGUGGACUGACUCAGCACAAAAAAUUCUCUGAGAAAGAGCUACACAAUGUGCUGCUAUCAGAGAAGGUAAAUGUGGAGGGCAAAUCGCACCAAGAGUUGGGUGACAGCUGCCUGGCAGGGAAGGCGCUUUGCCACCUAAUGCAGACAUGAUGCUCUGAGGUCAGCAGCUGCUUUUAGUCUUUAAUUCCUCUGCAAAUGUUGACCAAAAAACCAAACGCCAAACUAACAAUCCCCUACAAAGUGAUACGUUUAAUCUUUUCUAAAAAUGCAUAAAAGUGAAAUUGAUGGAAGAGCUAAGAAGAAAUAAGGCUCAGACACAGUCAGGUUGCUACCUUAAAUAUGUAGUUACAUUCAAAAUUACAGAACAUCAGAAUUUUGCAGAAGAUGACAUUGCAGCACUGUCUUGUUUCCCCUCAUCACUUGAAUUUAAUCUAUUAACUUCCAUGGGAUACACAGAGAGCAUGCUGUCAGAUCUGGCAGCAGUAACAACAAUGACAAAACAAGCUUGAGGGAAUUUUUUUUAGUAUUUUUAACUAGAUUGUACUGGUGGUUAUUUAGCCGUUGUUUCUAUUUGAUACCUGCAAUUGGUUCAUAUUCAACUAAUUGUGCUAGUGACCUCUGCAGUCUAAUGAAGCUCCAAUCAGGGGCUCAGUCUAUACAUAAACAUAUACUCACUGGAUUAUCAAGUGCUCUUAAUGCAAGGCUGCCACAGAAAGUCCUCUGAAAUGAUAGUGAUUGCAUUGCAGAAUACACCAGCCAGAAUGAUAAUUGUGGUUCAUAAGCAGAGCAGAUUAAAUGUCUGCUCCCGGUAUUGACUGCCGCCUCACAGCUCUUCAGUUUUCACUUGAGGCAUUGGUGGUCUUCAGGAAAUCCCUUUACUGUUUACAGUUCCUGGGAGGGGGCAGACUUUGGUAUGCUGGGGUCAUUAAUCCUUGAAUCUUCUUUUUCCUUGAGUUUUACCUUUGGUCCUGUGGGGCUUGUAUUGGUUCAUCCUACAGAGCAUCCUGGAAGGCUGCUCUUUUCUGACCAACCAUUAGUGGGAGAAGACAAUUCUGUGACACUUCUGUAGUUCUUGCAAUUUUCUGUGUGGUUUUGGCAGGGUUAAUCAGGAUUCCUCUGUGUUGAAGGUGAAUAGAGGAGCUACCAAGUUCUAAUUACCGAGCACAACACAGGUAAGUGAGCAGUGCAGCCCUUGCUCUGUGUCAGCUCAGAUGUCUGCUUUCACUUUUUGAUCCAAACCAGGAAUGCUGCUAACAAAGAUCAGAUCGAGUAGAAGAUGCUGAAGUGAGGAUGUACAGCUGUUCAACCUCAUAGUAACUUCUAGGUACUUGGUAACAUACAAACAAAUCUGUUUUCAGUUGGAUUUCCAAAGGUUAGUAGGGAUUUUCAUAGCUGUCAUUAUUUGAGAGUUUGAGAGUGUAGCUCUGUAAUCCUCUCUGUCUGGGGAUGAAUUAUAAUUUAAGUUACAAGUACUUUUUAUGUCAGGCUGAACUGGAUAUAAUUAGAUCACAAAAGCUUUUUGUUGAAGCUAACUAGCAGUUCUUCAAGUGAACGUGCAGUUUUGAAUUCUUUCUUUAAGCGAGAAAUUUGACAACUUUUGGAAGACUUGAGGAAAUCUGAUGUUCUGUUUCAAAAUUUUUAACAGGAAAAUUUCUGUUAUCUAGCACGUGUUGUCCUUGGCUAGCUUAACUCCUUAUGCUUAACACUGGCUUUAGCUUAAAUCACAUACUGGUUUUUAAAUUUAUUUUUUAAUUUAAUUCUGGUAUUUACCCUUCUUGCCCAAUAAUUUGUAUAGAACAGCCACUCCCUGUUGCAGACCCAUUUUCUGACUAGAAAAUUGAUCUCUCUGCAGUCUCAUUUCUCAGGCAGUCUGGUAGAUUUAAUAGAGGGGUAACAUCUCCUGCAGUGUGAGUUCAUCUUCCUUAAUCACAAGUAGCCUGCUGACAUCUCAACUCUUAAUGCAGGUGAGGUGUUAUAAAGAACAGUGUUUUACUUGCUGGUCUCCAUGUAAAAAGCAGUAAUCUCUAGGAGUGUUGGGAAUGGUUCUCUCUUACUAUAGUUACAUUCUGUAUCACUGGUGAAUAUUGCUAUGUUACUUGUGGGUCUCCGGGGGAUGAUUUAGAGACAGUCCUUGAUUCCUUUGCUUUUUAUCUCCUUGCUUCCCAAUAACCUCUUUUCUGAUGCAUAGUGUGGCUGGUUGAAUCCAAAUGUAAAUUACUUUGGUAAAAGAAUUAGGUAAUUUCCCCUGUCAUCUUGUCUCUUGCAGCAGUAACACCCAAAGGGGUUUCUAACAAGAGUUCUCUCAGUUUCUUUAAUCGAAUGACUUUGAAAAUCUUCUCUUUGUGAAUUUCACUUUUUCAGACAAUUGAUGUUACAGCGCUGUUUUCAUGGUUUUACUUCCAUUUCUGAAAGCUUAACUGAAACAAAUUGACAAUCUGAGUGUCUUUAAAGGUAAUUUUGUGGUUAAAAUUUAUGUAUUCUGCACAUUCUUUUCCAUCAGUCAUCAGAAUGACCGUUUUCUGCUCUGGAAGACUUUUUUUCCCAUUCCUUUUGUGUAUUUUGCUCUAGAAGAGCAAGUGAUGUUAGACAAAUGCAAGGGACAAGAGUUUCAUGGGGUUUGUUUUUUAAAGGAAUUAAUAUUUUAAAAUGAAGAAAUUGGUAUCCCAUUUGCUGUCUUUAUGUAGAGAGAGAUUUGACUGCUUUUUUCUUUUUUUUUUUUUUUUUUACCUGCUCUCAUAUGACUGUUUGCAAAAACGUGAAAUUCAAGCCACUUGGAUUUCUCAUGCUUUGUGACUAAAGGCUGGGAUGUUGGGAACCAAGCAGUGUCCUAAGUGGUUCUUAGGAAGCACUUCCUGUAGCACAUAGCAACAGCAGUGUCUGCAAACUCCAGCAGUGUUUGGUGAAUUUUCACAGGUAUCUGGGGGCACCAGGCAUCAGUGGUGGGAAUCACUUGUCCUGCAGCAUCUUUGUCCUUGGCUGCAGCACAUGAAAAGCGUCAAGACUGAGUUUUCAGACUCGUGAGAAAAAUCAGCUAACCAUAUUGAGUUUUUACCUUUUGAAUCCACAACCACUUGUUCGCUGGACAGCAAGUGGGAAGCAAUGGGUAUGCAGCACUGAGCACUGAUUUUGCCAAGUCGCAUUUCAGUGAAGAAUUAUACUACUGUCUUGGCAUGCUCCAGUCUCUGUUGCAUGCUGAUUUUAAAGCCCUCAGCACUCAGAAGUCCUCCUCAAUGCUAUAUCUCAAGGAGCUUUCCUGGCUAUUGCUCAUCCUCAGAAGACACUGUGGUCCCACAGAUUUUGGUGUUACUCUUUAUCCCAGCAGUUCAAAUGAGGUUUGUCCUAAAGAAACACUGGGGAGUUGGACAUCCUGACUUUACAGAUUAGACUACACCUUGACUGAUAUCAGGCACUGGAAGAUUAAUCAAAUGAAGGGAAAAUACAGUCCCAAAAGCUUAUAAAGAAUCACAAACUGUCCUGCUGUAUUUAUUCCCAGUUAAAAUCCAAAAUGUCUCCCUCUUCCCUUCUGAUAGGGAUCCCAGCUCUGGUUUGCAUGGUACACCCAGGACUGUGUAGGAGCUGUUACAUUCCCCUUGGCGAGGUGGAGUGGAAGAGGAAGGGAAAAUCAUGACAAUUAAAAUCUCCCUCAGAGGGUAAAGUAGGGGCUAGUUUAAAAAAAGCUUUUUAUCUGAUAACUGAGCAGUCUCUGUCAAAAUGCUAACAUCUCUCUCUGUGGGACCAUCUCCAGUGCCCAGCUGAGUUACUCAGUCAAUUAUUCACCAAACGAGGGGCAAACUGCUCUCUUCCACCUUUGCUGUACAGCCCCAGGGAAUGCAUGCAGGGUGGGUGCUGGGAGAGGAGUAGGGGACUCUGAACUGAGAUUAGAUACAGUUGGAAAUACUCAGUUUGAGGGCACUGUCCUCCAGAGCCUUUGAAGAGAAAAACUGAGGCGACAGUCCAGGAGAAUGCAUCUCAGUAGCUGCUUGCUUGUUGUCCUUGAUCAUAACCAGCUCGUUUCUGUUAUCCCAGCCUGCCUUCUCUCGACAGCAGUGUUUAGCAUGUGCCUGAACUGCCUGACUCCCUUUUUGUGACUCCCUUUAUGUGGUUCCUAAGGUUGCUUAGCCUUUAGAGGCUGGAUUCAGCUUCUCUGUUGCAGGGCUACAAAUUAUUCACCAGGGAAGCUAGGAAAGCCCUGCACUUUCCAGUUAGGCUGAGGCUGGGACUGGCAUGCAGACUUUGCCUUUUCUGUGGUCACGUAAUGUGAUCACCUCUCUCAAUGAGCACUCUGUUUUUUGGGCUCUGCCGAGCCUUUAAGUCCGUACUGCAGGCUGGAAAUUUAUCUCACUUGGAAAAUAUUCUAUUGAAGAGUGGCAUUGAAAGGACAGUACGCUUUUCUGUGAAGUGUUCAGUUUUAUCCUUUUUUGCUGGAGGUAUUGACCAAACUGGAAUGAGAUGAGACAAGGAUUUGUUUUGUGUUCUUGUUGUUUGUGCAUUUGGUGGAGUAAUCUGAUAGGUUCAGCUCCUCACAUCUUUCUCUUGUGUGAGUCUCCCAGAAUUUAAGGAGAAGCACUGAAAAGGAGCUAAAAAAUGGGCGGAGAUGGUCUCUGAAGCUCCUUGAUUGGGAGUGGGGGGACUAAUGCUAAUAUGAUAUUCAGACAGAAUCCCUGUGAUAGGAGAGGGGUGGAAUUGCAUCUCCUGAAAAAUGUUCAGCAACAGCUUGUGGAGUAAGGAGUAAAACUUCUGUUGUAUUUAUGGGCUGUAAUUACCUUCCAAAGGAGGUGAGGGCAUUUUGGGGAGCUAUGUUUGUUCCUGUGUGAUGAGUCCAAAGUGUUUGUUUAUUAAUAAAGUUAUUUUUAUAAUAAAUCACUUAUUUAGUGACCUCUGCAGUGCUGACACAUGGCUAUGCAGGCACGAGUAGCAUCACUGUGGAGGUCCUACACAUGCUGAGCUUCUCUGCAUGUUUGUGCCAGCUUUCAGCAACAGUUCUGAAGUGCCACCUGUGGAACUGGUACACCUGGAGUCCAUCUAUAACUGAGAACUUGAGUAUUCUCAAUUUCUUAGCAAUUCUCAACCUUGCUUAAAAUGAGCGUCAAAUUCUCUUCCAAAAUGGACCUGACAAGUUUUUAGGACAGAUUUAUUUUCAUUUGAAUAAUUUAAAUUUGUUCGCAACAAUUAAUGUCAGUAUCAGCAUCGUUGCGCUCUGUGUUUAGUGAAGCUACAGAUGAAAUUAUGGCCUUCUGAGUAGCCGAUUCCUGUUUUGCCUACAAAAGGUAGUUUUGCCUACUCUGGAGUGGAUGUUGUUUGUCAGGCACUCUGUAAUGACACACAGGAACACACAAUCUUAAUGAGGAUGGCAGCUCAGCAAGAGGCUGGGGAUGUGCUUCAUGGGAUUCCUUUCUUUUGGAGUCCCUUUCUUCCAGUGUCUUUCAUCCUGCCUCACAAACAGGGAUCUAGGUUUGCAAGUCAAAGGAGAAAAAUUUUGUACUUCAAUGGUGCUGGCUUCUGUGAAGUGUAACUCACAGUAUGUGGUCAUACUUCAUACUGGACUGCUCAGGAUUAUUUAAGAGUUCUUUCCUUUUUGUUUUCCUCAGGCCUGAAAAGAGUGGAUGACCUAAUAUGGUGCUUUAUUUUGCACUGCUGUGUAUAGGCUGCCAGAACAUGAAGAAGGGUUUAAAUGAGUUUUUAAAAAACUGGUUUACUCUCAAACAUUACUUUUAAAGUUAUUUUCAGUAAGGUAUCUGAUUCUGAACUUACUAACUUGCAUAUUCUGUUGUAAUUGGGUUUUCCUGGUUAUCACAGUUGAUCCAGUGGUGACUCUGUUGAUACAUUUUCAGGAGGAAAAAAGGAAGAAAACAUUUGUGCACUCCUUGAAGGACAACUUUUUAUCUACCUUGCUAUUAUUUGCUUAUGAUUUAAUUCUCUCUAUGCAAAUGGCUAUGUAAACCUAUGUAAACGUUAUUUCAUAACGUUUAGCACCUAAUUCUGGCAUUCAGCCCUUGCCACUGAUUUCAGGUGAGGUGAUAUCCCUGCAUGUUUCAUUAAUUUCCAUAUCAAAUUCUUUCUAAGGCAUUAAUCCUGUAUUAUAAAAGCCUUUUCUCAGUUGAAUAUGUAUUGCACUAAACCCAAAUGCUAUAUUCAAACUACGGACUGAACUCACAGCAGCAAGGUACAAAGUACUGUAACAUUCUUCAAAAACCUGAUGCGUUUACCAGAUCUGCUUGGAUGGAAUUACAUGAAAGGUGUAGUCCGUCCACAAGUGUGUGUGCAUGCAAAUUUUUUCACUGUCUCAGCAAGUCUUGUCUAGUCCCACUGCUUAACAAGUACCACUGAACGGGAGUGUAUAAUUUUUUUAUAAUAAGCUCCAUUCACUUUAGUUUCCUCUGAAUUUUUCUUAAAAUAACCUCUAACAAGAUCAGUUGUGAAGAAUUUGGUAUGUAUUGUGUAUUUCUUAGUGCUAAAGAUUUUCGGCAGAAGAAGCUCUUGCUUCUGUCUUUUGAGUGAGAAAACAAAAUUGAAGAAAACAGGCUAAGCUGUGCUAUCCUCAGUGUUUUGAAUUCUUGCACCCUGAAUCCUGAACAGCAGGUCUUAACUGCCUUAAUACUCUUUUCAGAUGAGGGUAAUUUGAACAGGGCUAAUUUUUUCUCUGUGUCAGUCAGAAAAGACAACAGUUUGUGUUAAUAUGAUGAAGUUAAUUAACUAAAUUGCAUUAAUUAGUAGCGCUUCCGCUAUGGUGAUUGAUAUGAUUUCAAAAUCAGAGACUUCAAGGCUAGCUUUAGCUUUUCUUUACUGCUUUAGGACAUGUCCACUCCAUCACUGUGGAGAGCACUAGUUCUAACAACAAGCCUGUACAGGUAGAAUUCAGUUAUGAAAAAAAUGUUACAAAACCAGUAGCUAUUUAUUUGAAUAUUGAAAAGAACACCAGUCCUUUUACCAUAUGGACACUGUUUUGUAUGGUCUUAUUAACAUGAUAUAAGUGUAACCUUUUUUCUUUAAUUUGGUGUAACCCAAGAAAACUUCCACAGCUGGUGGAGGUCAAAAGGGCCAUUGCAUUGGGUUACGGAAAGCAAGGUGGUCAAUGUGGGGGGUGAGAGUGGCUGUGGGAGGCACAAGUACCUGCAUCCAACUAAACCAGAUGACAGAACUACUCUUAUUCCUGGGAGCCUAUCCUACAUCCUACUCAAAGCAGGGUCAGCUAUGGGGUCAGACCAGGUUGCUCUGGGCUUUUUUCAGUCAUAUCUUGGAAACUCCCCAAUACUGAAGACUGCACAACCACUACGGACAACCUGUUCCACUGCUGUCCUGUCCUUAAAGGCAAAAAGGUUUUCCUUACAGCCAGUCUGAACGUCUCCUGUUCCAGCUGAUGGCUGUUAACCUCUCAUCCUCUCACCACACACUGCUGUGCAGAGCCUGGCCCCAUCUUCCUAAGGGGCUGCUGUCAGGUCUCCCCAAAGCUAUUUCUUCUCCAGGUUCAACAAGACCUGUUCCCUCAGCCUUGGCUCACAGGACAAGUGUUCCAGCUCUGACCACCUUGGUGGCCCUCUGUUGAACUUGCUCCCAUUUAUAGAUGUCUUUUGUAUAUGAGGAGCCCCAAACUAGAUUUAGUUUUAACAAGCACCAUGUAGAGGUGGAUAAUAAUUUUCUUUGAUCUACUGGCUCUGCUCCUAUCAAUACAGCCAAGGACACUCUUGGCCUUCAUUGCUGUUUGAGUAAUAUAAGCCUCUUCAAUACUGAGGAGCCUUGUUAAAAGGCUUGCUUUCAUUCAAUACCAAAUAAGAAUUGAUUAAAAGUAUCAGCAGAAAGAGGUGAGUGGCUUUGUUCAGACAACUUUGUUUCUUGUUUCAUACUUAGAGAGCUUUAGUGAUCUUUUGGUUAUACAACCAUGAGUUAAAAAUUUGCUGAAUGAAGCACGAAUGUAUACAGAGAAGCUGAGGCUGGUGACAGCACGGUUUUCUUUAACCUGGUAAAAUUGCUGUGGUACUUGCACAAGAUUUUUCUUGGUAUCUGUUUUGGGUUUUUUUUAAAACAACAGAUCAGAGAUAUGUAGAUAUCUGCAUUUCUAAAACAGCAUCUAUCCAGAGUCACUCUGCUAAUUCCUUACUAUUUUAUAAAAACACUCCUGAGAAAACUGAAGUAAAGAGAUGCUAGUAGUGUGUGUCAUUAACGUGACUCAAACUGCUAACAAACCACCCUCAUUGGUGAGAAUACAGUGAAACCCUUAGGAAUAAUUAAUAUAUGAUGUGAAACAUUUUUUUUUCCCCUAGUAUACUUUAUCUUAUACUGAUGCAUCAGCAGUGAUUCAUGUUCCAUUCACUGGUGGUGGUGCACAGCUUCCCUGUAAGCAGCCUGAUUUGUACUGAAGCAGAAAGAUCUUUGAGCAAUGAAACAACUGAAACUGCAAUUGCUGUUUGUUUAGCAAACUCAGUCUGUUUUGAAAGCUGAAACACUGUCUGUUUGAAAAACUGAAAUAAACUGAACCUCUGUGAACUUUAUUCUGCUUUUCUAAAAAAAAUAAUAAAAAAAAAAUUGCGCUUUUUUUUUUUGUCUUUUAGCAAUUUUUUUUUCCCCCAGAUACUGGAUUUCUCUUUUGUGGGCUAUGGCCAGUUAUAUGCUGAGUUUCCAAGGUUGCAAAGUCCAUUGAAAUGAUGAUAUAUUUCCCUUGUUCCCAAGAAAAUAUUCAGCAAUCCUAGCCUGUCAUUCAGAUCACUUGCUUAGGUACUUCAUGGACUGCAUCAUUUACUUUUCCCCCUGCAAUAAUUCUCCUACAUUUUUCAACAUUCUGCAGGCACCUGCAUAUAUAUCAUUUCCAUUGGAGGCCGCACCUCAGUCUGUGACAUCCAACAACCCAGUGUUUUCACAAUAAGGGCUCUGCUAAACUGGCUUUUGACUCUUCUGUGAUACAGUGGAGGUGCUCAGUUGUUCUGUUUAUCCUCUAUCACUUCCUUUUGGAUGAAAUUUAGAUGAACUGAAACAUGAAAAGCGUGUUUAAUAGCGCCAAACCCAUGCAGAAAGAUAUGGGAACUGCAGGGUAACGUCCUCAAGUCCAAGCUAGGUGCUUUUUAGUCUGCAGUAUCCAAACUCCUCUGAGACCUCUUGUGGUGGUAAGGAUGCUGCUUUUAACUUCUAAACUUUUUUGUUGUUGCUUUUGUUUUCUUUUUCCACAUGCCUUAAAUUCCAGCCCAAUGAAAGGGUGCAGAAAUUUAUUUUCUAGCAUAGGGAACAUCUUUAAAGUUGAACAUCCAUUUAGGGACAGUGGAGGGAAAAGUGGCAGUGCACAUCCAUCAACAUCACGAGCUGCUCAGGCAGGUGUGAAGUUGCCCAUAUACCAUCAAAACUUUGUUCUCAGCUGAAUGAAAAAAAACUCCUUGCAGUGAGAUAUGUCCUGAAACAGGAUCUGAGGCUUGCUUCAGUCCACCUCAAUGUGUGGUGGUGGUUCCUGUCCACGCUGCAAGCCAGGGUCUGGGUCUGAGGGAAGCUGCAGCUCGCCAAGCUCUCUGACAGCUGCCUCUGUGGUGGGUGGGAUUUAGCUAAGUGUUGCCUGGGAGUGAGUUGGACAUAAUAGCUGUCAUGUGUCCUCUGAUUCAUGGUUUACUGGAAACCCUCUGCAGGGGGCUAUGUUUUCUUUUGAAUAGCUCUGUGGGUGGUGUUCCUCUGAAAGACUAGCACAUGACUUUCCGUGGCUGGGGUAAAUGUGAGCUGAAGCUAAGGAGUGUGCGAAGAGGUGAAUUUUGGUCCAUUCUGGGGAGGAGAGGCAUGACCACAGGUAUAUCUUACUCCCAUAACUGUAGCUUUAUAUUGUGUACUUUCUGUGACUGCCUUUUGUGUGACAGCACAUUUCCAGGCAGAGAAGUCAGCCCUGGGAAUAUUGCAGCCAUUGGAGCUGACCUUUAGCUGAACAGGCACAGGAACACACAACUGCAUGAUGGUUUUAUAUAAGCCUUUUGCUGUAUAGGUAAGUACCUAACUGACACCCAGUAACGCUUUCUGCUUAGAACAAAGGUUUGACAUUAAAGAGUUGUUUGGAUGGUCUGAGAUUUAUUGCAGAAGAGAGGACAAGGCCAGGAGCAAGGAAAAGGCAGGUCUGUUUCAGUGGAGAAAUGCCAGGGUUGUGAAGUGACUUUUUUGGACCAGGCCAAGUGGAAAAGACAUACUUGUGUCGAAUUCCAGUAGUGGUGGAUGGCAGCACCUGCAGACAGUGAAAGGUGCCAGAGAUGUUGCCUGUGACUUGUUUAUUCUUGUUCUGUUGUUUGGCUCCAUGGGCUAGUCAUUGACAGUUUUGCAACUUGCCUGGGACUGUUUCAUUUUGUGUUCUUUUCAUUUCCCUGCAAUGAAGCUUUUGAAUCAAUUUGUCUUUCAUAAUCAAGCCUGACACUGAAUGCUGCAAUGACUAAAGAUGAUAUUCCUUGCUCUCAGCUGUGCUGGUUAUGUUCAGUGCCAUAUGUGAAUUGACUUAAAAGCUAUCAGCAUGCUAAAAGUAUGUGAAAAAAAAUUAUCUUGAGUGCUUUUGCUUAUAGUUCAAUUUCUCUGCCAGCUAUGCAGUGAGCAGCAGGAAUGCCCCAAGGCAGGUGUGUUUGUAUGUUUUUGCUUGUUGGCUGCUUUGCCAGCCAUUGGAGGUGAAACACAGAUCUCCACUGGACAUCUUGCCUGCUAAUCUUCAAGCAAACAGAAGUGCUCUUUUCUUUUAAACAGUCUGCUGCGUGCUUGCUCAUGUGUUCAGUCAGGAUCUUUGGAGCUUGAAACCUCCUCCCAAGAUGUACGUGGAGCAUUCAAGUGGACAAGUCAGUGCCCUCACUAAGUGUUGAAAAGGUUGAUCUCUCCGAAGAUCAGUAAAUGGUAAAAACUUUCCCACUGUGCUUGGCUUAAGGAAAACUACCACACUGAACGUGCCGGUGUCUGCUGUGUAACUUGUUCCUAUCUGGGGGCUUGAACCGAGAUUGCAGAAGAGAGCUCUUGCCUUUCUUCUUGAAUCUUGCUUUGUUUUUACCAUAUCUGCCUGUGAUGGGUUUUUUUAUUGCUAAUGAAAGAAAAGAGAGCCCUAAGAUUAGAGUAAGGAUUUAAUGGCUCUUGGCUAGGAACAUCAAAAAGCCUUUACAGGUCAUAUUUCUAGAAGUUCAUAACACUUGCAGUUGGGACUAGACUUUUGGAUAUUGUUGGGAAGGCAGAAAAAGUGGGUUUUGUUGGGGUUUAUUUUUUUACAAGUUGCAUGGCAUCAUCCUCUGUUUGUAAAAAAAACCAACAAAACAAACAAAACCACCCAAAAGCCAAGAAAACCCAGACAAACAAAAAAACCCGACCAAAACCAGCAACUGAGUUCAAACGGAGGACAUUAUUUGCCUAAUUGUCCUGAUCUGGAAGUGUCUGUUCUGGCAGGAAUCAGUAGGGACAGAAAUCUGACAUGUUGGUGUGUUUGUAGCUUCUUCUUUAAUGUUAACUGAAGAAGUGUCAGUGACCUUCACUGACACUUAAUUGUUUCAUUUCUCUCUUUGAGUGCUGUACAAAAUAAACAACAGAAAGAUACCGUCUGCUGUUCCUGACAGCUUUUGUUUCAGUAUCAGAUUUAAACAUGUUACGAGAUUUGACAGUUUUAACGCAAUUGAACUGUUUACUCUUUGCUUUAGUAAAAGGAUGUUCCUGAAAACAGGAUCUAGUAUGCAAUAUUUGUGCCAAAAUAAAGCUUCCCUGUUAUAUACUUAAAACUGAAAAUGUUUUAAUGAUCUUAAUUCUGUAUUUGUAAGCUAUAUAGCAUAUUCAUCCUUUAGCAAGGAAACAUCUCAUAAAAUCUUCAUUAAUGUUCAAAAAGUGUUUUGCUACAGUUCCCAACUUGAUACAAUGAUCUUGUUAACUUUUUGUUCCUUAAAAUGUUUCAUCCGUAAUUAUAAAAUGUAAUUUUUGCUAUAAAAUGCCAACACGAUGUGCUCGAGUCUAUAGAAAGCAGAAGCCUUGCAGUACUAGCACAACUACUGCCAUAUGGCUUUCCUGGUGCAUUUCUGCAAAAAGUGAAGUACAUCAAAUGUGCUAGGGCUCUCAUGCAAAGAGCCACAGGACCUGUGGGAUCUUUUCUAUGUUCAGCUUAAUAAGCAUAAAAAGCAAUUCCAAGAUAGAUCUUUCCAUCUACAAAACAGAAAAGUGAAUCUUGUUUCCACAUGCUGUGUCUUCUCUGUCUCUACAGAUUUAAGUGGAAUCAUAUAAGGGAGUUUAUUCUUGGUUUGCAUUUGUGUUUUUCUUCCCUGGAAUUAAUUUAUUGUUAACCCUUUAUUGUUAUAUAAAGUGAUUACCCAAACUUUUAAGAAGUAAAUGGAGUGCUAUUGUAAUAAAAUGCCUCUGUUCACUUCCCCAGAACUAGCCAGAUUUUUACCUGGGCAAAACUUUUAUUGUAUGUGAUUUUUCUUAGAGCCAGAAGAUGCAAAAAUUCUGCAAUUGUUAAACAACUCAGUGAAAAAUGAUAAAGUUCACAUUACAGAGAUGGAACAAGAAAUCACUUUGUACUAGUCAAGAAUACCCAGAGGCUUUACUGUGCGCUGUUUUAUUAUCUGAUGCUCACAUUACAGAUGACUUCCCCACACUGUGACUGACAGGUGCUCCAAAAGGGUAUUCUGGGGUUUCAGGUGUCCAGGUAAUGAGCAGUUUGAAUAGAUAGGUAAACCAAACUGAAGGAUAAUAAUACAGGAGUACUGGCAAGAUGCCUAGAUUGGCAUUGGGGAUAAUAAUACAUGAGUACUGGCAAGCUGCCUAGAUUGGCAUUGGUAAAUAUGAUUCCGCAAGAGCUGCAGAGUGUGAAAUGGGAACUGUGCUGUAUUUAAACAAUCAAGAGGAUUAGCUGGAGUUCCAUGACUUCUGACAGGUACCCUGCACACAGGCAUAAACAAGUCCUUCCUAAAAACUAUGAGGAAACCAGGAAGAUGAUUCUCAUCAGACAAUUUACGUAGAAUAGGGAAGGGGGCAGAGGAUUUUGCAGUCUUUUUUGAGCUGUUAAGGGACAGAUACCGAAGAGCUUUAACAAGCACAGCAUCUUGGUGAUUUUGCAUCAGGCCUAUAAGACAGUUUGCAGAAAUCCUUAACACUGCUCCCUGUGCAAAUCUAAGGGAUGCAGCUUUUAUGUAUUUCUAUCAAAAUUAGGAGAACAUCCAAAGCACAACUGCAUCAGUUAUUUAGCUAUGGCAUGUAAAUAAAAAAAUUUUUAAUAAGAAAUGGAUAGACACCUGUAGGGUGCUGCCUGGGCUUUUUCCCACAUUGCUUAUCAAGGUUGCCAAUGAUCUAAUUCUUGCUUUCACUAUUUCAGAUUUUAUUUCAAAGUCAGGAGGGAAUGGUAUCUAAUAUUCAUGUUGUUAGCAUGCACACACUCUGGCAUUAUUAUCUGCAAUGAUAAUUUUAAACAGAUUUGUGUUUUAGUGUUGUUGGUUUUUUUCCCUUCAGGAUCAAGCUAGCUUUUGCUUAAUGCUUUGCUUAAAAUGUUAUUCUGAAAGGGCCUUCCCCAAAUGGAGACAUGGGAUUUGAGGUUGCGAGACAGAUGCAGACAAUGAUAGCAAGAGAAUAAUAAUAAUAACAAAGAUAAUUAAAACAUUUUGAUUAUUCUUGGUGGUUUACUCCUUAGCAGUUUGGUGCUCUGCAGGAGUAAAUGGUAAAACUGGUAGUGGCACAGCAGAGACUUUAGACAGCAAACUGUUUGCAAGAGUUAUUACUAAAUGCUGAUGGUCUUUUCCCAUACAAAAAGAAAGCUUGCAAUGGCUUCUGCACCUGCAAGGAGUAUCCUAGCAACAUCACUGAGGAAACUGUAUGCCAGGAUUUCUUUUCUGAGUGCUUUUUGUUGAACAUAGCAGGAGUUGUAAAACAAAGGUCAAGAGCAAUUUAAGCUCUUCAAAAUGCUGUUGCUUAAUUCAUUCACUCAGAUAAAUGUUUGUAUUGCAGUUUUCUACCUAAAGGAUAAAUAUCAGGUUACAGAGUCAUCCAACAGAUUAUCCAAUUGCAGUUUAGUUAAACGUGAAUAUCACAUAAUCUAAAAUGUCACUUCUUACUUGGGGGAAAAUUACUGUUAGCAUUUAACACUAGGUUUUGCCUUGUGAAGUAACCAGGAGUCCCAGCUGCCUUCUGCCUGCUCUGGCACUGAGGAUACCCAGGGGCUUUCUGCGCUACACAGAACAAGGAAGCACAGAAUAUCACCAGGCAGUGGGAACAGACGAUCAGUCUAAGCAAAAAGAAAGAAGAAAGUUUUUUUUUCUCUGAGAAGGUGUAUGCGGUCAUUGUCUUAUUGUACGCACGCAGAGACCUCAGGUGAGUCCCUGCUUUGUGCUUUGUCAUCCACUUUCAGGGAAAAUACUUAUUUCAGGUUUUCCUACAUCAUUCACUGGUACCACGUCAGAAGUACUUGCUGGGCUUCCUCUUACUGGUCUUGCUGUCUUGGAAAGGGGAGAGAGAGCAGUGUUUAUUUUUGUGUUUUAUGGAUGGAGGAGUUGAGGUGAAGGACUAAGACCCUUUUCAGCCCCCUGGCCUGGGGCUGUAGAGUUACUGAGGAACCUGGACCACACUCUCAGCCCCUCUGAGCUUCUAUUUUCAUCAUGCAUAACAGGGACAAUGUUAAUAUCUCUCACCAGGGGAGAUGGUGAUGGUAGCCUAAAAAAUGCAUGCAGUUGUAACAAGAGUUUUUGCCCUCUGCCCAGUCUAGUAGAUAAUCUCUAGUUCUAAAGCCCAGUCUAAAAAUGGAAUUUUUACCAUUUCUAUUUAAAUUUAUGUGCUAGACAAGGGACAAAGUUUGUUGCUGGUCUUUCCUCCCCUCCCCUGCAUUCUGAGACUCAGUGAAAAGACAUUGUACCUAGAUUAUUGGAUGUUGACCUUUUCCAUUAACUGCUUGGAGAAAAACAGGUUCUGCAUGGUUUCAUAUGUAAACAGUCAUCUAAAAAGUCAGCAGUCAUCAGACAUAACUUUCGUCUCAGCUCCCUGUUUAUUAAGCUAAAUGAUGGUUUAAGCUGGAAUUUAAUACCAAACAAACUAAUGUGCUUAAGGUAACCUUCUGUUUCCUUUAUUACAAAGGCACUUGAAAAGUGCUAGUGCAAUUUCCCUUCUCUGAGAAAUAUUUCCAAGUAAUUUGCCAAAGAAAAUUAGCUGAGGAUAAGGUGCUUGUUCCAAGGCAACACAAGAUCUUUUCAGUGAAAAACUGUCACAGCAAAACACUAUUCCAUUCAAACAAUCUUUUUUUUUUCUUUUCUUUUUCUUUUCCCCCUGGUCUUCAGGUGAUGUGAAUCCCUGUUCUCAUGAAUCCCCUCUCACAGUCACACUCUAUUCCUCUGGCAGAAGGAAUAUGCCGUACCAUAUCAGACAUGAAUGCAGAUCAUGCGAUGGUCACACAGGAAACUUUAAUGGAGCAGUUAGUGAAAAACUAUCCAGGCAUUCCAGUUCCCUCCCACAAAAUCUUAUAUAAUAUCCUUGGCACUCUAAUUAAAGAAAGGAAAAUCUAUCAUACGGGAGAAGGAUACUUCAUUGUGACUCCCAACACAUACUUUAUCACAAAUGAUGCCACAGAAGACAAUAGAAGGGUCCCACUGGAGGACAGCUGUUCCUGUUCAUCACCUUCUCUCACUUACCUGGUAAACAUUGAGCGCUAUGCAGACCUAGUGAAAGAAAACAUUCCUGCGGUAUCCCGUUACAGAUCCUGCCAUUGUUUCCCUGACCAGAGUAUGCUCUGUGAACAAAGACAACAGCAGCCAAUGAACCAUGAACCUAAUGGAGGAGGUAAAAAAGGCUGCAGUGAAUUGAAGCUUUCAAUUCAAACUCAAGGCAUUUCCACAUCUGCUGAAAACCAUUCCUGGGACACCAUAAAAUCGGUGACAUCUGUGAAAGAGAAACUGAAAAGCAAAAGGUUUGGUUUUGGCCUUUUCUGGAGAAGCACUUCAAAAAAAGAAAAACAUAAGAAGCAGUACUCGACUUUUUCAGCCCAGUUUCCUCCCAAGGAGUGGCCAGUCAGGGAUGAAGAUGAUUUAGAUAAUAUUCCACGUGAUAUUGAGCAUGAAAUUGUCAAGCGUAUUAACCCUGCCCUUACAGUUGAUAAUCUGAUUAAACACACAAUAUUUAUGCAGAAGUUUGAGGAGCAGAAAAAGUAUAUCAGUAAGGGUACCUUGGCUGAAGUGUCAGUAGUCAGGCAAAACCAUCUUUCAAAGGAUUGUAUUCAAAAGACACAAAGUAAAACAGCAAAACACACGAGGAAAACCAAAUCAAAGAAAGAGAAGCAGAUUAGCAGAAGCAACAGGAAAUCUCACAUACAUGAGCUAACAUCCCAAAAUGAGAAGCUGGAAGAGAACCUUUCACUGCCUACCAGAAACCAACAGUCAUCCAAUGUAGCCAUGGAAUCCUGUGUCAUAUAUAAAAGACAAAUUAAGAACCCUUUUCAAGGUAUGUCAUGGAGACGCAACUUUUAUGUGAAAGGGUACAAAGGUACAAUUAACAGUCAGCUGAAGUCCCGGAUUCGAAAGCAAGAAAGGGCUUUACAAAGGCCGCAGUCCUUGGACUCCUCAAAACCCUUUGACUAUGAAACUGAACAGCUGGCCACUGAAACACAGGCUGUGAAAGCUAAGCAAAACAAGCUACUCCAUGCUAAUAGGUCUUCCCUCCAACUAAAGAAAGACAGUUUAAGUGAAAACUUUAGUUACCUGCAAGGCAGUACUUUGCAAAUAGAUAAUAAAAGUAAAUACUUUCUGGAGAGUAAUAUUUCUGAAGAAAACAUAGAAAGAAGAAGAGUAAAAAAAAAUCCUGGGGAUGUUAAAAAAUCUCCUUGCUCCUACACUGAAGAUAACAAUGUGUGCAAGGAAGAUGCAAAAUUUGUGUUACAUCUGAAAGAUGAGUAUUGCAGGUGCAAAGCUGACACUGCAUGUGAGUUAUUGGACCAAACAGCAAAUGAAUUUCAAAAUGUCAGUCUUUCAAAUUAUACAGCCAAUAUUAACCCGGUAAAAACAAUUGGUGUGAAACACAGACAAAAGACUGUUAAAAAGAGUGAACUUGUAUUUAAAUACGACUGUGCCAGCCAUUCUGGAUCAAUAAAGCUUGAAAGUGAAGGAUUUACUGGUAACUGCCAUCUUCUGUACCAAAAAGCACAUGAUGGUGACACCUGUAACUCAUUACACCUGGAUGACAAUUUUGAAAGCAAUGAACCUUGUCACCUGCCUCCUGGCCAUGCUUUUUCAGAAACAAGAGCCUGCAGUAAAGCUGUGCAAAAGCUGGGAACAGCUAUGUCCCUAAAAAACUGUAAUAUGGCUAACGCUUACCCUGCCCAGUACAACGCAACUGUAAACAAACAUGACUCUGGAGAGCAUGGAUGUAAGGAAAGUGCUAGUUUUGCAGAAUCAAUAGAUGGGUCAAAAGAGUAUCCAAGAGAUUUUACAGAAGAAAGUUGUUUGUGCAGUCAGGUUCUUGCAAUAGGUCACAGAGAGGAAGAAGAAACUAGCCUUGCUGAAUGUACGAAGGCUUCAACUGUAGCAGAUUUCUGCCACGCUAAUGAGGCUGACUCAGAUGCUGAUGCUUUGCAGGUCUUCAGCUAUGACAUAGAAGUAGCGGCAUGCUGUGCUUUGCACUCACAGGCCAAAGAAUUGAGCAACCCUCUGGGAAAAAAACGUCUGUUUUUGAAGGAUGCAUGUACUAUGAUAUCAGGACAGAACUCAGAAGGGACUGAAAACCACAGCAUUACAGGAGACAGUGGAAUUGACUCCCCAAGGUGGACUGAAAGGAAGAUGAAGCUUCCUGCCAAAUUCUAAAAGCAUAAAUACUAAUGCAAAGAGGAGGACAAAGUGGAAGGACGCUCACAAGAAAAUUCCUUGCCUUAGCUUACUCUGGUUGUGAAUAUUUGAUUAUUUUUUUAAAUAGGCUUUGUAAACUUUCCCUUUGUAAUAAUGGAAUCGGACUGUAAAUGCGAUCAAGUCACAUCCAUGAGGCUGUGUCUACAUCAAAGUUGUUAGUUAAAACUUUUGACCAUAGGCUUUGGAGAGCUAAUGUGUAUUUCUGUUGAUUUCAUCUUUGAUUAGUUUUUGCACCCCUGUGAUAAUAAAAAUAAGAACUGGUAUGCUUCGUUCGGAUCACACCAUUAACCUGGAAAGGCUACGUGCUGCUCUGAUAGGAACUGUAUCAGCUGGACAGGACUGUUUUACACUGUAAUUCUUGGAAGUGUUUCCGACUUGUGCCACAGAAAUAACUGCAUGCUCCACCUCCCCUGUCAGAACACAAAGCAAAUAAACUAGAUUAGCACGCACCUUGUUGCUACGAAAAUUCCUUGAAUCCCAAGGUUCUCUCACUGCGUCCUGGAGAAAUCUCAGCUAGAUCUACUUGGCGUGUUUAUACCUGGCAAGCAGGAUUUGGUCUUUGCAAAUGAAAACGUGCAAGAGGCAACAGGUAAGGGGUCAGGGGCAUGGAGAGACCCCACCGCGGGCCGGCCGGCUCCUGCCCUGCUCCAGCCCGCCCCUCUCUUUGUCUGAAGGAAUCAACGUGUGGCAGCCGUCGGGAUCACUUUACAGCUUUUAAUUCAGAAGACUGAUUUUGACUUUUUAACCCUGAUUUAUUCCUAUAGCUAAAAGCAGAGCGCUGGUUUCAUGCCAAUAGUCACCACAGGCUUGGGGUCCUUUGAGAUCUUUGAGGCGCUCGGUCACACUGCUGUGACUGCCUCGGGCUCUUUCACUGCCCAAAACUUGUCUCCAGGGGUGGCGGAGACAGGAGGCUAAAGCUGUAGUUAAAGUCAUAGAAAAUUUACUUCAGGGAAGGUGCCUCUGGCUGUGAGGAGGCGGAAGGAGAGGCGGUGGCUGGGGCCGGGCCUCGCAGCGCUCUCUCCCGCCCGCCGCGCUCCGCUCCCGUCACGCCGGUACCGGGGCUCCCCCUCUCAGGCUGCUCCGGUAGCUCCCCGCCCUCAGCGCCUCACGCUGCCGCCGCCUGCCAGCGUUUCCGCUGGGCUAACAAACUCCUCCCAGGGUCUCACCGCGCCAAGGCGGCACGGCAAGCGUCGGCCCUGGCGGGAAGCUGGGGACUGAGGCGCGGCCCUCCCCCCCGCCAUGGCGGACGCCUCGCGGCGAAGGCGCGCGGCGCACCACGAGCCGUGCGG